CGGCUUGCCACUCGGUCGAGAUAUAUAAUCAUAUUGAGGGGUGCAAGAGACAAUGACGGUUACUUCACGCCCUCGUUUGACCACGCCCGACAUCCUCUCACAAUGCUAACCGGAAGAGCUCGUCUCGCCGCGAGGCGCAUAUCCACCCAGCGACCUCGACCUUUGCCAAUUCGAGCAGCCCCUUCUCUUCCACCAGCAUUUCAGCCCUGUUUCUCUUCUAACAUCCUGCGCCCCACCUCGGUGGCUCGUCAUUACGCUAAUGGACGACCCCACCCUCCUGGCGGAACGCAUCGCAUGAACUUGGGUGGCGGUGAGCCGGAGAAGCCCGCAUUGGAACAAUAUGGUGUAGACUUGACGGCGCGAGCGAGGGAUGGGAAGCUCGAUCCUGUUAUCGGACGAGACUCCGAGAUACACAGGACUAUCCAGAUAUUGUCAAGAAGAACCAAAAACAAUCCCGUGCUGAUCGGCGCUGCGGGAACUGGAAAGACUGCCAUUCUCGAGGGACUUGCGCAGCGAAUAGUCAAAGGCGAUGUCCCGGAAUCAAUCAAGGAGAAGAGGGUCAUAUCACUGGACCUCGGUCAACUCAUUGCUGGAGCAAAGUUUCGUGGGGACUUCGAGGAGCGUUUGAAGAAGGUCUUGAAAGAGGUUGAGGAGGCCAAAGGUGGCGUUAUACUUUUCGUCGAUGAACUGCAUACUCUGCUAGGGCUGGGCAAGGCAGAGGGCAGCAUUGAUGCAAGCAACCUUCUGAAACCAGCCUUGUCGCGAGGAGAGCUCCAGUGUUGCGGUGCCACUACUCUGAAUGAGUAUCGGCAGAUAGAGAAGGACGUUGCGCUGGCGAGGAGAUUUCAGCCCAUCCUGGUCGGGGAACCGAGUGUUCAAGAUACCAUCUCUAUCCUUCGAGGCAUCAAGGAGCGUUACGAAGUUCACCAUGGAGUGAGAAUUACCGAUGGAGCUCUUGUUGCCGCUGCAACUUACAGCAAUCGUUAUAUCACUGAUCGAUUCUUACCAGAUAAGGCCAUUGAUUUGGUCGACGAAGCAGCCAGCGCCCUGAGAUUGCAGCAGGAAAGCAAGCCUGAUGCCAUCCAAGAACUUGACCGUCAAAUUAUGACAAUCCAAAUCGAACUUGAGUCUCUUCGGAAGGAGACAGAUGUCGCCAGUAAGGAGCGGAGGGAACGCCUCGAGAUGAGCUUGAAAGAGAAACAGGAGGCUGUUGCGAAGCUAAUGGAAAAAUGGGAACAAGAGCGUGCCGAGAUCCAAGAGAUCAAGAACAUCAAAGAGAACCUGGAGAGAGCGAGGCUGGAGCUGGAAACAGCCCAACGAGAAGGUAACUUUGCUAAAGCAGGAGAGUUAAGAUACUCUACGAUACCGAGGCUUGAGCAAAGGCUACCUCACGAUGGCGGCGACGAAGCCAUGUCUGGAAGGGCUUCCGAUUCCCUACUCCAUGACUCUGUCAACGCGGAUGAUAUUGCAAAUGUUGUAUCCCGAACAACAGGCAUUCCGGUAUCAAAAUUGAUGCGCGGAGAGAGCGAAAAACUGAUCAAUAUGGAAGACUCUCUCCGGCAACAUGUUCGAGGUCAAGAUGAAGCACUCACUGCCGUCGCGAACGCCAUCAGGAUGCAGCGAGCGGGCUUGUCAGGUGACAAUCGCCCGAUUGCGAGCUUCAUGAUGUUAGGACCCACUGGCGUUGGUAAGACGGAGGUUUGCAAGCGCCUCGCCGAGUUCCUCUUUUCAACCCCUCAGGCAGUGAUUAGAUUCGAUAUGUCCGAAUUUUCAGAGAAGCAUACCAUAUCAAGGCUUAUUGGUUCACCGGCUGGGUACGUUGGGUACGAUGAUGCUGGGCAGCUGACAGAGGCGGUACGGCGGAAGCCGUAUGCAGUUCUUCUCCUCGACGAAUGGGAGAAGGCUCACAAAGACAUAUCUGCCCUACUUCUGCAAGUGCUCGAUGAGGGCUUCUUAACCGAUGCCCAGGGUCACAAAGUCGAUUUUAGAAACACCAUCAUCGUCCUAACGUCGAAUCUUGGCGCGAACAUCAUUGUUGGAGACGACAUUUUGCACCAGGUUGGCAAGGACUCAAGCGAAAUAUCUCCAGAGAUCCGCAGCGCUGUAAUGGACGUCGUCGCUUCUUCUUAUCCCCCCGAAUUUCUCAAUCGUAUUGACGAGUUCAUUAUCUUCCAUCGACUCUCUCGUGAUGCACUUCGGGAUAUCGUAGACAUCCGAUUAAGAGAGCUCCAGGAACGACUAGACGACCGCCGCAUAACUCUAGAGGUCUCAGAUAACGUCAAGCAAUGGCUUUGCGACCGGGGCUACGACCCGCGCUUUGGUGCUCGGCCUCUCAACAGACUCAUCGCAAAGGAGAUCGGGAAUGGACUCGCUGACCAAAUCAUUAAAGGCGAGAUUAAGAGUGGCGAUGUGGUGAAAGUGUCUAUCAAAGAUGAGCAGAAUGGUCUCCGCGUGUCCACUGUAACGUAACUAAGAACCCAUGAGCUCCGGAGCCGCCGCACAAAAACUUCAGACCGCCUCUGCAGCCUCCGCUCUUGCUGGAUAACGUAUUUAUUCCCUGUCCUUUCAACUGUGCACAUCAUAAUUCUGCACGGUAGGCAUGUGGAUUGGUUGAUGCGCUCUCCCCUUUAGAUCUGUGUAGCAUAUAGGUUUUUGCUUUCCUCUAACUUUUCAUAAUUUUUAGUCUACUUAGAUAUGUUAAUGAGGCCAUACUUUAUGUAUACCCAUUU